GGGGCGGAAGCCGCACGCGCACGGAGCAGAGGCUGGAGCGCCGUCACUGCACAGAGGUGACGGCGGCGCCUUUAAAUAGCAUCCGGAGCAGGCGCGGGGCAGGCAGUGGUCUGCUGUGACAGCCGGCGACGUAGCAGCCGGGCUAGCGGAGGAGAAGUCGGCCUAGGGUGGCACCCACGCAGGACCAUGCAGGCCCACGAGCUGUUCCGAUACUUCCGCAUGCCGGAGCUGGCUGACUUCCGACAGUACGUGCGCACGCUGCCCACCAACACGCUCAUGGGCUUCGGCGCCUUCGCGGCGCUGACGACCUUCUGGUACGCCACGAGACCCAAGGCCCUGAAGCCGCCGUGCGACCUGUCCAUGCAGUCGGUGGAGGUGCCGGGCAGCAAUGGUGCUCGCAGGUCCCCGCUGCUCGACAGCGACGAGCCCUUGGCGUGUUUCUAUGACGACGUCAGAACCUUGUACGAGGGCUUCCAGAGGGGCAUACACGUGUCAAACAACGGCCCUUGCUUAGGCUCUCGCAAACCAGACCAGCCCUACGAAUGGCUCUCGUACAAGCAGGUGGAGGACCUGUCAGAGUGCGUGGGCUCGGCGCUGAUCCAGAAGGGCUUCAAGGCCGCCCCCGACCAGUUCAUCGGCAUCUUCUCUCAGAACAGACCCGAGUGGGUGAUCAUUGAGCAGGGAUGCUUUGCGUACUCGAUGGUGAUCGUGCCUCUCUAUGACACCCUCGGAACCGAAGCCAUCACCUACAUAGUCAACAAAGCUGAACUGUCUGUGGUGUUUGUUGACAAGCCAGAGAAGGCCAACCUGUUGCUAGAAGGCAUAGAAAAUAAGUUAACCCCAGGCCUUAAGAUCAUAGUUGUCAUGGACUCCUAUGGCAGCAGCCUGGUGGAGCGGGGCAAGAAGUGCGGGGUGGAGAUCAUCAGCAUGAAGGCCAUGGAGGACCUGGGAAGAGCCAACAGAAGGAAGCCCAAGCCUCCGGCGCCCGAAGAUCUUGCAGUGAUCUGUUUCACAAGCGGGACUACAGGCAACCCCAAAGGAGCCAUGCUCACCCACCGGAACAUAGUGAGCGACUCUUCGGCUUUUGUGAAAAUGACAGAGAACAUUGUCAACCCCUCCCCAGACGAUGUGCUGAUCUCUUUCUUGCCUCUUGCCCAUAUGUUUGAAACAGUUGUCGAGUGCGUGAUGCUGUGCCACGGAGCUAAGAUAGGAUUUUUCCAAGGAGAUAUCAGGCUGCUCAUGGAUGACCUCAAGACGCUCCAGCCCACGAUCUUCCCUGUGGUCCCAAGACUGCUGAACCGGAUGUUUGACCGAAUCUUCGGGCAGGCGAACACCACGGUGAAGCGCUGGCUGUUGGACUUCGCCUCCAAGAGGAAGGAAGCGGAGCUGCGCAGCGGCAUCGUCAGAAACAACAGCCUGUGGGACAAGCUCAUCUUCCGCAAGAUACAGUCGAGCCUGGGAGGGAAGGUCAGGCUGAUGAUCACGGGAGCCGCGCCCGUCUCCGCCACCGUGCUGACGUUUCUGCGGGCCGCCCUCGGCUGCCAGUUCUACGAAGGCUACGGACAGACCGAGUGCUCGGCUGGCUGCUCCCUGAGCAUGCCCGGAGACUGGACAGCAGGCCACGUCGGGUCCCCCAUGCCGUGCAGCUGGAUCAAACUGGUCGACGUGGAAGAAAUGAACUACCUGGCUGCCAAGGGCGAGGGCGAGGUGUGUGUGAAAGGGCCCAACGUGUUCCGAGGCUACUUGAAGGAGCCAGCGAAGACAGCGGAGGCUCUGGACAAAGACGGCUGGCUGCACACGGGGGACAUUGGGAAGUGGCUGCCGAACGGUACCUUGAAGAUUAUCGACAGGAAAAAGCACAUAUUUAAACUGGCACAAGGAGAAUACAUAGCCCCCGAAAAGAUCGAAAAUGUGUACCAGCGAAGCGAGCCCGUGGCCCAGGUGUUUGUCCACGGAGAGAGCCUGCAGUCAUUUCUCAUAGCCAUUGUGGUCCCCGACAUCGAGACACUGGGGCGCUGGGCCGGGAAGAGAGGCCUGGAAGGGUCCUUCGAAGAGCUGUGCCGAAACAAGGAUGUCAAAAAAGCGAUUCUAGAAGACAUGAUGAGAAUUGGGAAGGAAUCCGGACUGAAAGCCUUUGAACAGGUCAAAGGCAUUUAUCUCUACCCUGAACCAUUCUCUGUCGAGAACGGCCUUCUGACCCCGACGAUGAAAGCGAAAAGGCCAGAGCUUCGGAAUUACUUCAGGUCACAGAUAGACGAACUUUAUUCCACCAUCAAAGUUUAGUGGGAGGAGGGAAGCUCAGAAGAAACCACACACCUCCACGAUCUUCUUCUACUGGUGGCCUUCACGUUGGUAACUUUGACGACAGCAAGCGUGUGGAAGGGGGCGCGUCCAUGCCCGACUUGUGCACCUGGGGCUCUGGUCGCAGGAACAUCCGAGGGAACGGGACACUGCCUUACAGUCACCUCGCGUGGCAGACCAUGUAUAUGUAUAUGUGUGUGUGUGCGUGUGCGUGUGUGUGUAUAUAUAUAUAUGGUGGUACAUAAUUUCCAAAACAAGCCUUAAAAAUUGUUAAGGGGAAACUACAAAUGUGCUAAGUUAUUUGCGACUUCCUUAGUUCAGCAGGCGGGUGUGGGAACCUCCGUCUCCCUGUCUCUCUCCGUCUCCCUGUCUCUCUGUCUCACCGAGGAGCUCAGACUCUGCUCCUCUGGAGACGCCCGCUGCGCCCAGAGGCGCCGUGCGCCGGAAGGAAACAGUCCCUUAUGAGCAACUGUCCCAGCUGGAGAGUGUCACAAAUGGACCAGACAUUUUUCCCUUGACCCCUGUCGCCUCCCCUUCCCCGCCUCACACACACACUCUCACCCACCCCCCUUCUGACAAAGGCCGAUGAAGCCCCGUAUUUCCCCACGACUCCCCGCGGGUCAGAAGGUCCCCAGCGAAGCGAAGGACAGUCCAGGUCAGAACAGCGCAGGUGCCGAGUCUCAGAUGAGCAGCCCCUCGCCGGGGCGAGUGGGUUCUGGCGCCCGCACGCACGGCUAAUGCUCCCGGAGCCCCCUCUGCCCCAGCGCUCGUGGAAAGACAUCGGCCUCAGACUCCAUGGCGAAGAGAAGCAUUUCAAGAAAGCACUGGUUACCUGGAACGACCAUGCUCAACUGUGACGCAUGCGUAACUGUCCACCAUCAUCACUGAACCGUCCCUCUCUGACUUCGAUGGCCAACGGGUUUGUAAUGUGGUUUUCAUAUCAAAAGUUCAUGUUGCGAUUAACUGGCCCUUCCCCCAGAAGACACUCUCAGGCAGGGCACGUCUCUGACAACGCUGAGGGAUGGAUGGACUCGGGCACUUGUGGAAGUGGACAGUCAUAAACCCCUGCUCCCCUGUCCCCGUGCUACCUGAUCUCUGUGAAAUGUGUUCGACAAGCCAAAAUUCUGGGAUGUAGAAAUCUGGAAAACUCGUUUCCUGGGGUUAACUUCCCCAGGUUUGUUUUUUUUUUUUUUUUCAGUUAAUUUGGGAAAUUAGCAGCACUUCACUUGACUACAAGCCUUUGCCACAUGCGACUGAAUCACGCUGCGUGGGAAGCAGUCGUUUCUGGGUGUGCGAGAGCCCAUGCACUACGCGACACAGGGCGCGCACUCAAGAAGCAUUGUAGUAACACUAUUCGGCAGCCUAACUUCGUACGUGUGUUCUCCACUGCACAAGAAAUCAGUAAUUUGUCACAUCGGGGUUUUGGAUGUUUGCUUUAAGUGUUGGCUCUUUCUAUGUUUUAUAAACCAAAACAGAAUUUCCAAAAACAAUGAAGGAAACCAAAAUAAAUAUUUCUGCAUUUCAA